AUGUCCCGAGGAAAGUGCUCCCGCGUGAACUCCCUGGACACCGUCUGGAUGUUAACGUUGUUCACAUUGGCGGUGAAUGUGAUGGACGGGGACGCGUACAGCUGUCGCGAGGUGAAGGCAGCCUUCCAGCUGCGGCAGGUGGGGCCGCUUCACUUCGUGCCGGAGACACCUUACACAGAUGUUGAUCUGCUUGUUUGCAAGCACCAAGGUCCAUCUUGCUGCACCCGGAAGAUGGAGGAGAAUUAUCAAGUCGCUGUAAAACGAGAAACCCUCAGCGACAUUAUCAGCUAUACUUAUGAGCCAGAGCACAUCUUGUCAGGCCAUUCAGAUGCCUUUCAUGACAUGUUCCAAUCCCUCAUUUCCCUCUCCCAAGGCCAUCUAAGCUCUUUGUUGGAGGACUCCUACUCGUCCCUGUCCCAUCAUGCCUUGCCCCAUGUGAACGGACUGUUCGCUUCUCUCUCCCUAUAUUUUCGUGGAGCUAAUGUUUCUGUAGAGGCAGCAGUUCAACAAUUUUUUAACAACAUCUUCCCGCUUGUAUAUACACAGCUAAUAAAUCCAGGCUUCGAAGGACGUGUAAUGACAGGCAGUGUAAUGGGUGACUGCCUUCGAAUGAUCAGACAGGACGUCAACCCUUUUGGGCAUCACCCAGCCAUCAUGGCUCAGGAACUGGCUGGGGCAUUGGAGGCUGGCCGACAACUGGGUCUCACCUUAAAGAAAGGAGUAGAGGUCAUGAAUGCAACGGAACAUGCCAAUUUGAGCCGGGACUGUGUAAAGAACCUGAUGAAGAUGGUGUUCUGCUCCCACUGCCGAGGUUUAACGUUGAUCAAGCCCUGUGUGGGCUACUGUCUGAAUGUCAUGAGAGGCUGCUUAGCUAGUGUGUCGGAGCUGGAUCAGCCUUGGAGGAGAUAUACUCACUUAUUGGGGAAACUAACAUCUGCCAUCGCUGGGCACCACAACCUGAAGCUAGCCACUCUUGGGGUCAGGGGUCAUGUUAAUGAAGCAUUGCUCCACGCUCAACUCCAUGGUCCAAUCAUUACUGCCACGGUGGACAAGGUGUGUGGCCUGUCUAUGGGGGAACCUAAAGGCAUGCAGCCGACUAGCCCAGAGGUCACAACCUCUGCCAUAACCUCAUCGACUCCUCUUCCAUCUGCAGCCCCCUCCCAGAUUUUACUAGAGCAGAACCUAAGACAGUUUGCCCGAAUAAGAGGCUCAUUCCCCCUGAAACCAUCCAAGAACAAUAAACAUAGUCUGAGAACACUUACUAGGGAAUUCUUAAUGUACCUGCAGCGCUAUAAAUCGUUCUUUGCGGUAUUGCCAGAGAUGCUGUGUGAAACAGAGGGUACUCUAGAAGAUUCCACAUGCUGGAGUGGGGAUGGUGUAGUGGAAAGAUAUACAAGCCGAGUUGUAGGAUAUGGCCUGUCUGCCCAGAAGCAAAACCCAGAGGUCAAAGUUCGCGGCAUGGACCCACUAAUGGCUGAAGUCAAAGAAAGUUUGGAAUGCUUCAACCAGGUAGGACCAAUUUUGCAAAAGCACAAGUGCGUGUCUGAUCAGAAUCAAAAUAAGCUUUAUUGUCAUUUCACAGUUAAGCACAGUGAAGUUACGUUCUGUACAGCUGUCCUAAAGAUGGACGGAGAUGUACAGAGGCUGCAGCUUCUAAGAAGUGCUGCCCUUAUUGCUUAG